AUGUUUUGCUUAAAUCUGUGGCUUCCUGCUGCUGCUGCUGCUGCUGCAGGAACAGCAGCAGCAAAUGCUGCAGCAAAAGCACCGGAAGUGCAAAAGCAAGAUGAUAAGCAGCAGCAACAGCAACAAGUGCAGCAGCCGGUACAGCAGCAACCGCAAACACAACAACAGCAGACGCAGCAGCAGGUUAUGCAGCAACAGCAACAGCAGCAGCAACAGCAGCAACAACAGCAAACGCAACACGUGCAGCAACAGCAAAUGCUAAUGUCUCAGCACCAGCAGAAGUUGCAGCAGCAGCAACAGAUGCAGCAGCAGCAACAGCUUUUGCUGCAACAACAGCAGCAGAUCCAGCAGCAGCAAGUGCCACAGAUGAUGCAACAACCACGUCCGCAGCAGUUCCAGCUACCGCAGCAGCAGCAGCAGCAGCAGCAGCAGCCGGGCGCAGGGCCUGUAGGGGCUCAAGGCCUCCAAAGUGUGCAGCAGAAUGCGCUAAUAGGUGCACCUCUGCUGCUGCAGCAGCCCUCACUAACAGGACAACCUCUACAGCAGCAGCAGCAGCAGCAACAGCAGCAGCAGAUGGCAGCAGCUGCUGCUGCUGCUGCAGCCCAAGGAGAUUCAAUGUUACAAAAUGCCGGUCUUUCCCGUCAACAGUCUCUGCCGCAGCAACAGCUGCUGCAGCAACAGUUGCUGCAGCAGCAGCUGCUACAGCAGCAACUGCUGCAGCAGCUGCCAUCGCAGACCCCACAGCUCCUGCAGCAAUCGCCAACGCCGCACUUGCAGCUGCAGCAGCAGCAGCAGCAACAACAACAACAGCUGGCUGGCCAGCAAGCAGCACAGUUCGCUUAUAUGCAAAAGCGACCUUAG